AUGUUAAAAAGUUAUCAUCAACAGUUUCGAGCUGAACAACGAGACAACUAUCCAAAUGCCUUAUCGCCAACUUCGAAAUUCAUACCAGCUGAUAGAAUUCUACCACAACGGCCAACUGCUGUGGGUAGACAACCAUCACGUUCGGAUACAUUCACAUUAUCGGCUAGACAUCAUCGAAUCAACCCAAAAGCUCCAAAGAUCGAUCCAAGACCAAAUUCUCCUUUCCAACAGAAAACAAACUCCAAUAAUACUGAUAGCAUCCGUUCCGUAUUAAAACAGGCCAAUUCUCCCAAUCGACAACGAAAUCCUGUACGUUUUGCUAAACAAUUGGAUGCUUCUUUCUCUUCUUCAUCUUCUGUUCACAAUCAAACUUCUCGAAAUAACACCGAUCGAUCACGGCAUUUGCGUAUUGGUGUCGGCGAACAUCUCCUACAUCAACAAGCACAAUCAUCACCUCACACCUAUCGUAAUAAUCAUUCUACAGAGAAACGGAUUGUUUAUACUACUCGUGAUCGUUCACCUCGAAACACUAGUUCAAAAUCAAAACGUACUGUUCCUGCAUACCACCCAGCAAUUCGAUCCAUUGUUGCUCCCCGUAAAUAUCAACCUGCAAAUGACAGAGAUGAAAUCGUGUAUGUCGACGAUCAUGGAAAUGAAAUUCCAUACAUACACGAAGAUGAGCGGAUACUCCGUCGUCGACGCAAUGAAAAGAAAAGUAUAGUUUACCAUUCAUCUCCACACAUUGCUUAUGAAUGA